AAUCGCGUCAAGCGUCCAAUGAACGCAUUCAUGGUCUGGUCAAGGGGUCAGAGAAGAAGGAUGGCCCAAGACAAUCCGAAGAUGCACAACUCAGAAAUCUCAAAGAGGCUCGGAGCAGACUGGAAACUUCUGACAGAAAAUGAAAAAAGACCUUUCAUAGAUGAGGCUAAAAGACUCAGAACCCUACACAUGAAAGACCACCCGGAUUAUAAAUAUCGACCCAGAAGAAAAACUAAA